GAACACUGUAGAAUCCAACGACUGCCCGAACCUACUUGGCAGGAUAUCUCUGAUCGUCGAGGAGGCCGAACAGCCUGGUCCAGCAUCGCGGUAGUCGAUGGUGUCUCCUACUCGGCACGCUUCUGGUACGAUGGAGCGUAUUCUGGACAAGCCCGUGAGGAUGCGGCGGAGAUCGCUCUUGCGGCAAUCCGUCCAGCCCCCAAUGCAACAACUUCUGCUCCCCAGUCAAGCUACUAC